GCGGGGCGAGGCGGCGAUGGCGGCGGUUGCGGCGGUUGCGGCGGCGGCGAGGCGGGCGUUGAGGCGGCGGCUGAAUUCUCCUCUGCCAGCUGGUGUUCCCAAGCUCAGUUAUCACUUUGCAUCAUCUCACAAGUACGUUCCCAGGCGAGCUGUGCUGUACGUACCUGCAGAUGACGAAAAGAAGAUACGAAAAAUCCCAUCACUAAAUGUCGAUUGUGCGGUGCUGGACUGUGAAGAUGGCGUGGCUCUGAACAGAAAGAGAGAAGCAAGGCUGACAGUUGUGAAAACACUUGAAGAGUUUGACUUUGGCCACGCUGAGAAAUGUGUUAGGAUAAACUCCGUGUCCAGUGGCCUUGCAGAGGAAGAUCUAGAGACUCUUUUGCAGUCCAAGACCUUUCCUUCAAGCAUGAUGCUGCCAAAGGUUGAAAAUGUCGAAGAAAUAAGAUGGUUCGCAGACAGAUUUGUGCACCACUUGAAAGGCCGAACACUUGCAGAACCAAUGAAUUUUAUCCCUUUUGUGGAAACUGCCGUGGGGUUGCUCAAUUUUAAGGCUGUCUGUGAAGAAGCAUUGAGAGCAGGAUCCCAGGUUGGCUUUCAUUUGGACGCAGUCGUCUUUGGAGGAGAGGAUUUCCGUGCCAGCAUAGGCGCAACUAGCAGUAAGGAAACUCAUGAUAUUCUAUAUGCCAGGCAAAAAAUAAUAGUCACAGCAAAGGCAUUUGGCCUCCAAGCAAUAGACCUUGUUUACAUCGAUUUCCGAGAUGAAGACGGACUCCGCAGGCAGUCAAGAGAAGGUGCCUCGAUGGGUUUCACUGGUAAGCAGGUGAUUCACCCUAACCAAAUUGCUGUUGUCCAGGAACAGUUCUCUCCCAGCCCUGAAAAAGUAAAGUGGGCGCAGGAACUGAUUUCUGCUUUUGAAGAGCAUCAGCGAUUAGGAAAGGGAGCGUUUACUUUCCACGGGAGCAUGAUAGACAUGCCAUUACUGAAGCAGGCACAGAACAUUGUUACGCUUGCCACAGCCAUCAAGAAAAAAUGAUCUGAUCUGUCAUAAUUUGCUUGCCAGAAUUGCUAAUUAUGAAAAGUAUUCCCGACUCGAACCACCGCUCGCUCCUGUACUCAUAGCCUGCGAUGAAGUUACAUCACGGACCGAGCGACAUCACGAUAAUUACUGCAGAUUUGGGAUUAUGACUUCAUGAAAGGAUAACAGCACACCAUAAGCGGCGAGCUCCGUUAAAAUAACACGUGGAAACCGGGUCAGUCGCCUCUUCAGCCCUCGCUUCUUCCCGUCCCUGUGCAGGAGUCCCGUCAGAAAGGGCAAAGCCCUGAAUAAUUAUGCACCAGCUGAAAUAAUUGCGAUGAAAAUCAUUACCCUGUACGGGCUUCUCGUCGCCCCCCUUCUGUAUAUGUGCAACAGCCAUUAAAAAUAUUGCCCCAACAAUGA